AUGGCUUCUUACAGACAGUGCAAAGAUAAGCAGUCUAUGUUCGUUUCUUAUGAUUGCAAGCAUAGCAAUAUUUGCGCUGACCUCUCGGUAAAAUAUCAUCAGUUUGCUCUGUACUUGGUUGAUCAGGAAUGUCUAAGGCAUGGUAUGUUGUUCAAGUUACUAAGGAUAGUACAGAAGUUCAAAAGAACAGAAGAACAGGAGUUCUUCAGUCUCGGAGCAUUCGGAAUUGGUAUCGCGAUCACUCACAAUAUAAUCGGCAUCCUCGUUAUCAGAAUGUGGCUCACGAAUACAUUCAGCUGCAUAGCAGUUGCCAUCGCCAAUCUCCUCAUCUUCGCCCAGUAA